AUGAGUGACACCAUCUUCGUCGGCGAGCACGGCAAGGCCGCCGCCUCAUCAUACGACCAUGGCGCUGGGCAUAAGGCCAGCAGCAGCGACGUGCCGUUCCUGCUGCGCAGCGGCGGCGGCGGCGGCCUCCGGCGGUGCCUGGGGUUGAUAGACUUGGUUCUGAGGGUGGCGGCCUUCGCUCCGACGCUGGCUGCUGCCAUCUCCAUCGGCACCUCCGACGAGAGGCUCUCCAUCUUCACCAACUACUUCCAGUUUCGCGCCAGAUUCGACGACUUCCCGGCUUUCUCGUUCUUCAUAGUGGCGAAUGCGAUCGCGGCGGGGUACAUGGUGCUGUCGCUGCCCUUCUCCGCCGCCAGCUCCAAGGCCACCGCCGUCAAGCUCCUGCUGCUCAUCUGUGACACGGUGAUGAUGGGGUUGGUGACGGCGGCUGCGUCGGCGGCGGCGGCGAUGGUGUACGUGGCGCACGAGGGCAACCUGCGCGCCAACUGGGUGCCCAUCUGCUUGCAGUUCCACGGCUUCUGCCAGCGCACCAGCGGCGCCGUCAUCGCCUCCUUCCUCGCCGUCUUCGUCCUCAUGAUCCUCAUCGUCAUGGCCGCCUGCACCAUGCGCCGCUCCUAG